AUGCCAUCGUCAUUUUUCAGUGCAUUUGAGAUGUACCAGUGGGCAGGAAGUGCUAUGGGAAAUCCGAUUGAUCCGUUGGAUGCAUGUAAAUCUUGGCUAGAAGUUGACCGUGUUUAUUUUCCAAUAUGCAUCAACCCACAUCAGUGGGUACUUGACGAGUUAUGGAUGGACAUGCUGUCAUUGAAUUUGUACGAAAACUUCCGAUCUAUUGGCGCUGUGAAUAUAAUUGAUUUUGUGCAGUUUGAAGAGCUUAUGGACCAAAUUCUACUAGACAUUGGCUACUGGAACCACAUGGAUUUUCCGGUUCAGAAAGUAUCAUUACUGUUAUGGAUGUUACGGACGUGCCCCAACAAGAAGGGAUGUUUGGAGAGUGCGGUGUAUUUAUGUUGA